GGAAGCGCGACACGGGUGCGGUCAGUCGAGCGGGGGCUGCUCGGUGCGCCGGCUACUUAACCAUCCCCCGGCCGCGUGCGGCGGGGAGCGGAGCAGGGUGCGGGAGCAAAGCGGCGACUUAAGUUACUGGUGGAGGAAGCGGUUUGAAUCAUCUUGCGGCGGCAAUGAAGCUCAGGCCUCUCACUUGCGUGGCGGCGGGGUGCGCCGGGUGGGCGUGGAGGCCGAGGUCGCGCGUGCGGUCAGAGGCGGUGUCACCCAAGCGUUCCCACGCGGCAGCGGCGGCGGCGGGCGCGGUUCAUUCGGAGGAGCACCGCCGCGGCGGCAUGCGCGAGGUGCUCUUCCGCCCGGUGGGGCUGCCCACCGAGACGAAGUUCGGGGCGGGGCUGGAGGAUCGGAUCGAGAAGGUCAUCUGCGCCUGCCGCUUCAUGACCUUCCUCGGCAUCGGCGGCUUGCUCGCCGGCUGCGUCCCCUGCUUCCUCAAGGGAUGCGUUUAUGUGAUGGACGCCUUCGUCGAGUACUACCUGCACGGCGGUGGAAUGCUCAUCCUAAUGUUGCUUGAAGCCAUUGACAUGUUUCUCAUUGGAACGGUCAUGUUUGUAUUCGGGACGGGCUUGUAUGAGCUGUUCAUCAGUGAAAUGGACAUGUCUUAUGGCUCCAACUUGUUUGGCUUGUUCAGUCUUCCGGAACGACCCAAGUGGCUGGUAAUCCAGUCGGUGAAUGAUCUUAAGACAAAGCUGGGCCAUGUCAUUGUCAUGAGUCUACUGGUUGGCAUCUUUGAGAAGAGCUGGAGAGUGACCAUUACAUCCUGUACUGACCUCCUUUGCUUCGCUGCAUCAAUCUUCCUCUCCUCAGGUUGCCUCUACCUACUUUCCAGGCUCAGUAACACCAAAGGAGGGAGCCAUACCUGAAAGAAGUGUCUUUGUAUAUAAGCGAUAGGUCUGUUCUGUUGCUGAGCAACACCUCAGGUUAUGUUUGCAGAGUCAAAUAAUUAGGGAAUGGGGAGGUAAAUAUUUCCCAUGUAUGGGUCGACAGUUGCAGUGAGGCACAACCAAUCUACAUAGUAGGAUAAUGAGAUGGUAUCAUCAUGUGUAUGUAACUUGAUGUCUAUGCAAUCAAUACCUGCCAUUUUCUGCGAUGAACUGAUUAAUAGUGUUGCCACAAUUUCGUA